AUGUCUAUCACUUCCGUUCUGCAGUCUCUCACCUACCUCGCUAUCGUACUAUACCACGGAGUCUUGAGUGUCGACCCUCCAAAUGUUCAACGUGUCAAGAAGAUUCUUCCUGAGAAAGAAUUCGAGUAUCUGUUCUCCCACCGCAAUGGACAGGCAGGACCGAAGCCGUAUACCUACUCCGGCUUCCUCGCUGCGGUGGCCAAGUUCGAUAAAUUUUGCAACGACGCUGCCGGAGAUCUAGACUUGGAUACAGCAUGCAAGAAAGAACUCUCCACCAGUUUCGCUCACUUCACUCAAGAAACUGGAGAGAACAGUGGCUGGGGGCCGGUCCCUCGCUGGCGUCAAGGUCUCUACUUCACCCACGAAAUCGGGUGCACCGCCGCUGCAUGCCCGUAUUGCUCAUCGAAUUCCGAGUAUCCAUGUCAGAAAGGUCAAGGCUAUUAUGGUAGAGGUGCACUGCAGCUAUCAUGGAAUUACAACUACGGCCCGUUUUCGCAGUACAUGUUUGGGGACAAGUAUAAACUAUUGAAGGAUGCGGAUUCCCUCCUUACUGCCGAGGAUGGUAUGCUAGCCUUCGCUAGUGCUAUAUGGUUCUUGAUGACCCCACAGCCGCCUAAGCCCGCGAUACAUGAUAUCGUCGUUGGGAAAUGGCAGCCCACUGCCAGAGAUAAAGCUGGAGGACGCUAUCCAGGUUUCGGGGUGACUACCCUCAUUAUCAAUGGUGGUUUAGAGUGCUCUAACCCCAACGAUCCCAGGGCUUUGAAUCGCAUAGAAUAUUACAAGAACUUCACUAGCUACUUCAACGUGGCUCCGGGUGAUCAUCUCUCAUGCGGCGGAAUGAAGCCUUUCUGACCGAUAGUUUCCAUCAAAUGGUCUGUUACUUCAAGAA